CAGUCUGUCUUUCUCUCUUGCUCUCUCUUUCUCUCGAUCCCUCGUUUUCUUUUCUCGCCACUCUCCCCGCCGAAUCGCUCCCGAACCCUCAGGACCAGGCAGCAGGGUCCAGCGGGCUGGGAGUGCAACGCGAACCACCGAUAGGGAAAAACGAUUGAUGUGAGAGUGACAGAGGAAGGAGGAGAGAAUGAGGAGAGGACGCAGGAAAGGGGCCACCAAGGACAAGGUGUUCGGCUGUGACCUGCUGGAACACCUGGCCGCUUCCAGCCAGGAGAUUCCUCAGGUCUUGCGAUCUUGCAGUGAGUUCAUUGAGGAGUACGGCAUUGUGGAUGGAAUUUACCGGUUAUCUGGGGUUUCAUCAAACACACAGAAACUGAGGGCGGAGUUUGACGUUGAAGGAGUCCCAGACCUCACUAAAGAAGUGUACCGGCAGGAUAUCCACUGCGUGAGCUCCCUGUGCAAGGCCUACUUCAGAGAACUGCCCAACCCGCUGCUCACUUACCAGCUCUACGACAAGUUCGCUGAUGCAGUGGCUGUUCAGCUGGAGGAGGAAAGACUUGUGAAAAUAAAAGAGGUGCUGAAAGACCUGCCUCUCCCCCAUUACAGGACCCUAGAGUAUCUGAUGCGUCACUUGGUGAAGAUGGCCACUUUCGCCUCGCAGACUAACAUGCACGCCAGGAACCUGGCUAUCGUAUGGGCACCCAACCUCCUCAGAUCGAAGGACAUCGAGGCGACGGGGCUGAACGGCACUGCGGCCUUCAUGGAGGUGCGCGUGCAGUCCAUCGUGGUGGAGUUCAUCCUCACACACGUCAGCCAGGUCUUCUCCAGCCCAGGCCACACCCCCGAGAGAAGGCAGUCCCUCCCCUCUCCCUCGAUCAUGUCCAAUCAGGAGGAGCCUUUUUUCAGAGCGAUCCCACUGAACGUUCCGAGCGCGCUCGGCCCCGGGAACGGCCCCCCUGCCAUGCGGUCGUAUCACGCCAUCAUCGAGGGAACCGACAAGAGGAAGGGGUCUCUGAAGGGCAGGAAGUGGAAGUCAAUCUUCAAUCUGGGAGGAAGACUCCAGGACCCCAGAAGGAAGAACAAAAGCCCCUGCAAAGAGAAAGAACAGGGCAGUCUGAGGCCAGCCAAAAGUAUGGACUCCCUCAGUUCUCUGCCCUAUAUGCCGGAAGGUACCAGACAGCACCCUUCCCUCUCUCCCCUAACCCAGCCCUCUCCAACCCUGGGCAGGGAGGCGGGGUCUACGGGCGGGGUCCUGGGCGGGGCAGUGGGUGGGGCGAGCAGCGGGUACGCGGUGACGUACCGGCGGGGCGGGGGGGCCUGCGUGAGCGUGGUCAGCGGAGGCGGGGUGCAGGGGACGUACAGCAGGCUGGAUUCCGGAGAGGCCAACGAGGGCAGCCUGCCCCCCCAGCCCCGAUCGCCGGGCAUCACCAGCCGGGCGGAACGCCGCGCCGGAAUGCACAUCUCGGGGCCCUUCUCCGUCACCGUGCCGCUCCACAUCACCUCCGGCCUCGCCCUGGGCGUGCUGCAGGGCGGGGGCCACAAGGAGGAGGGAGGGGCCCAGAGGGAGGAGGACGGGGCCCACAAAGAAGAGGGUGGGGCCCACAGGGAGGAGGACGGGGCCCACAAAGGAGAAGGUGGGGCCCACAGGGAGGAGGGUGGGGCCCACAGGGAGGAGGGCGGAGCCCACAGGGAGGAGGGCGGGGCCAACAAAGAAGAGGGUGGGUCCCACAGGGAGGCAAAUGGUGGGUCUCAUGCAGAGGAAGGCAGGGAAGGGAGGACAGCGGAAGAGAGAAAGAGGGACAAGAGCAGGGAGGAUGAAGUGGAGGGAAAGAAAACAGAGGUGAACAGGUCAGAGGAGGGCAGUGGAGAGGAAGGCAGGGGAGAGGAAGGGACGACGGAGGGUUUCUUGGUGGAGGAGACAGAGCCAGAGGAGGAAGCUCUCGCUGAAGAGGACCAGGACUAUAUGGAUAUGAGAAGGGUAUUUCCCCUAGAGGACUCGCAGCUCCCUCUAGACUUCCAGGACACGUUUGGUUUCCUUGACCUCAUGGACAGCAGUGCCUACAACCAGGCGAAUGAAUUCUCAGUGGAGCCCCCUUGCUAUGAGGAGGAGGAUGACUAUGAAGGAGAGUUCGGUUACCAAGGAGACGCCCCCUCCAUUGUGACCUUAGAGCUCCCGGCUCAGCUCCCCCUGACUCACAGACCUCUGACCUCCGACCCCCACGGGCAUCCCUGUAAGUCUCACAGCCUGCCUUACCAGUCCCGCCCCUUCCAGCCUGCUCUCUCCUCCACUUCCUCCUCAGAGGACGAAGAAGACGAAGAGGAGGGAAGCGACGAAGAGGACAUGUUGUUCUACAGUCUGCCCUCUAGUCUGCAGUUCCAUGUGACGAAGGGGGGUGAGGAAGACGCGCACAAAAUGGCGGACGCUGAUGCCCGUCCUGCUGCAGGCUUACCUGCACAACAAGAGCUGAACACCAAUGCCAGCACCAGCCGCAGCAUCAAUGCCAUCAGCAGUGUCAAUGCCUCUGGCCAAUCAGAGGGUGAACUGGAUGGCGUGGAUGGCGAUUGGCUGGUGGUUCUGGCCAAACCUGGGGAGAUUGGGGACGAUGGCACAGAAGAAGAGGACAGCCUGGAACUGAAGAAGAAGAUGGAGGAAGAGGGAGAGACUCCUGAAAAUACAGCCAGUGGAGAAAGUGUCCAGGCAGUUGCCCUGACAGACACAAAUGGUCUCGGAUGUGGCGAGGGAGAAUCUGGCUUUGCAGUAAGUGAAGAUCAAGAGGAAUAUGAAGAUCACUGUGGCCCAGAGCAGAGGGAGAGAGACCAUACAGCUGAACACAGUGCCACAGAGCAGAGUGAGAGAGACCAUGCAGCUGAACACAGUGCCACAGAGCUGAGUGAGAGAGACCAUACAGCUGAACACCGUGCCACAGAGCAGAGUGAGAGAGACCAUACAGCUGAACACAGUGCCACAGAAUGCAAAGAGAGAGACCAUGCAGCUGAACACCAUGCCAGAGAGCAGAGCAAGGGAGACCAUACAGCUGAACCCAGCACCACAGAGCACAAAGAGAGAGACCACGCAGUUGAACACAAUGCCACAGAAUGCAAAGAGAGAGACCACGCAGCUGAACACAGUGCCACAGAGCAGAGCAAGGGAGACCAUACAGCUGAACCCAGCACCACAGAGCACAAAGAGAGAGCCCACGUAGCUGAACACAGCACCACAGAACCCAAAGAGAGAGACCACACGGCUGAACAGACUCCCACAGAGCACAGUGAGAGAGACCAUGCAGCUGAACCCAGCACCACAGAGCACAAAGAGAGAGACCAUGCAGCUGCACACAGCACCACAGAACCCAAAGAGAGAGACCACACGGCUGAACAGACUCCCACAGAGCACAGUGAGAGAGACCAUGCAGCUGAACCCAGCACCACAGAGCACAAAGAGAGAGACCACGCAGAUGCACACAGUGCCAGAGAGCAGAAUGAGAGAGACCACACAGCUGAACAUCCAGAACCCAAAGAGAGAGACCACGCAGCUGAACUCAGCACCACAGAGCACAGAGAGAGACUGCACAAUGACACUGGGCCAGAGAGCACAGCCGAGAGUCACCACGGAAGCCCGGAGGACCCAGAGGGUUGCCAUGGUGACUCAGUGAGCGGAACCAAAGCGGCAGCAGAAUUGAUGGAGUGCAGUGAGAGCCCCGAGCCCUGUCCUCUGCCCCUCCCAGAACCCCCAUGGGGGCCACACACCUGCGCUCACCUGUUUCCGGAACCACCCACUACUACACCUGGUGAGCAAGAGGACACCUGCAGGGAGGAAGGGGGAGAAAGAGAGCUGGAGGGUGGGAGAGAGGGAGGGGGAGAGGAUAAUACAGAGAGCCACAACCAGCUAGAUGUGCAGGAGAAAGAGAAAAGGAAGGAAAAAAGGGAGGAGAGCCAAGAAAGGAAGGUAACAUCGGGAGGACCGGAGGAGGGGAGAGGAGAGAGGGAUCUCAGAACAGAGGGAGAGAAUGUACAGAAGCACGAGGCCCAGGUGAACGAAAGAGAGAGGGAUGAGGAGCGCAGUAAGGGAGGAGAGGAAGACAGAGGGCAGGGGGCGACGCAGGGGAGGAGUGCCAGGGAGGAGGGACGGAGGGAGGGGAGAUCUCCUGUCGUGGGGCCGAGCGUGGCCAGAAAGCUGGUUCGCUCCAAACAGGUCACGCCCAAACUGCACCAGGCCAGGGCCGUGCCCGUGGUCCCGCCCAAGCCGCAGCUCUGCAAACUGACCGCCCUCUCCCUGCGACAGCAGAGAGAGAGGGAGAGAGGGAGGGAGGGAGCGGGGGACAGGGACGGAGAGAGGGCGCCGACCGGAGACGGGGAGAAAGAGGAGCAGAGGAGAGGAGAGGCGGAGAGAGAAAAGGGCGGGGAGGGGGAGGAGGAAAACCAGGGCGAGGUGGAAAGAUUGGGGGAGGACGGGAGAAGCGUGGAAAAGGAGACGAAGAGGAACAGCGGGGUCAGCGUGUGCUUCGAUGUGGCUGUCGCCAGGGCGACAGAGAGGAGGGGGAGAGAGAGGGAGAGAGGAAAAGACGGACAGGUGGAUGGCAGGAGAGGGGCAGAAAAAGACUGAGGACGGCGAGAGGAAAAAGAACAGGAAAAGUUGAUGGGAAUGAGAAUGAGCAGAGGUGAUGAAACGGAUAGAAGGGAACAUGGAGACAAAAGGAGAAAGAGAGAGAGAGAGAGAGAUGAAAGGAGGGCAAGUGAGAGAGAGAGAGAGAGAGAGCAGAGAUAGUGUUUGGUGCAGAUGGGCCAGGAUAGUAUGAAUAUACAAACGUACACAGCUCAGAUAUAAUUAACAUAACCUUCUCUCAAAUCUAAAUAACACAUUCCACACAUUAAACUAUAAUAAUAAUAAUAAUAAUAAUAAUAAUUAUUAUUAUUAUUAUUAUUAUUCCUUUAAAUAUCACAUUCUAUGGUAUUAAAUACACUGGCGCUGAAAUCUAAAUAUAAAAACUCAGUACAGAAGUCAUCUUCACCUGGUUUAAAUAGAAGCAGGUUGAUUGCUGAUUUACCUGUGGCAUCUCGCCUCAAUGGUGUCUUUCCUGUGAAAAGUAAGGGCGCACACAAGCAUCUUUAAACAGCUUUCAAAAGUGUGCAUUUUCACAAUCGGUAAACUGAAUGUUCUAACAAUGACAACGACGUGCAUUCACACGGUGGCAAAAAUAGGGAACUUUCUAAAUGGUCUUUACGGUCACUCCACUCUGUGCCAAAAAGCUGAUUAUGUAAUAUUUUAAUUUUACCAGUCUUAAAUGUUGGAGAUUCUAUUAAACAUGUGCAGUAUUUUUCCGUAUGCCAGUUCGCAGAACGAGCAGCUCCAUAGCUCUGAUGGCAGUCUUCGCCACUCCUUUGGAGCUGUUCAGUUAUGUCGAUCAGUGCAUUUUUAUAGCAGCGUGUUCUGUUCUAUAAGAUAUACACUUUAAAUAUCAAUUCUUAAUUACAUGUUUGUUCUUACUGUAAAAUGUGUAAAAAAAAAAAAGAUGUAUUUUCAGAACUGUUUUGCGUUACAAAUAUUGUGCUUCCCUAUACAGUAAAAUGCUCAGUGUUAAAUCAAGUUUUCCAGAGUUAAUAUGGUGAUACUUUUGUCCCUGUUGUACUUAUAUGUACUCUGCUAGAGUCGAAUUAACCAUGGACAUUUUACUGCGUAGCGACUCAAACUCCUGUUCAAGCAGCUUCAAAAGUAAAAAGAAUAAAAUAUAUUUUCCCACAAAAGUUUGUGUUUUUGUACAUUUUACUGUGUUUAUGCACCGCUAUUUGAUAAUAUUUACAGCUGUAGGCUAUAACAAUCAGCGGAAACGUGGUUCGAGGCCACGAGCCUACUCGUGUCUACAGUAGAGUCCAGUAUUCCAAACGGGACCUCUGGCAGGAAGCUCGUCUCUUCCGGUCCAGAAGGUGGCAGCAGUGUGCACGCCGUCAUACACUCAGUUAAUACUAAAUAGAAGAAGAACCUGCCCGGAAGUAAACAGUCCUAUUUUGACUGUUGUGUACAACGCAAAUGUCUGCAAAUGCUACAAGCUACUUACAUUUCAAGUACUGCUUCGUACCUUUAGUUGUUAACGGUUUACAUCGCUUAUUUUGUGGUGACCCAACGAGACCAGGGGGUGAAGGGUGUACUGCCAUUCGAAAAAAAAAAUGUCGAACAGCAUUAAUUUCCAUACACAACUGACUUCCAUCAUGGAGAUAUUAACCAAAGCAGCUGUAGCAGAAAUUACCAAACUUGUUGACGAAAGUUAUGCUGUUUUACGCUUCCAAGUGUACAGAUGUCAAAAUGAGAAAGACUUGCUGAAGAGAAAACUACAACUGGCUGAGCGCGAGCUGCGCGUGGCACGAGGAGCUAGGGCGCAUGGCUGUUCUAAUGAAAAUCUCCCUGUUGGACUGCAGGUGUACGGUUGUUUAUCCGAAGGGGGUGCUGAUUAUGGAGAGAAACCUCCCUUUGAUCAGAAGCUGUUUGUAAAGGACUGUGACCCACAAUGCACAUCUGAAGGAGGGGAACAGGUAACACAGCCCACACCUGUAGAAGAUGGGAAGAAACCGGACACAGAGCCCACACCUGCAGGAGACCCAGUGGAGCUGAGUGAGCAGCACAGGUGUGAACACAGUGACGAGGAGCUCAGUGGACUGGAGUUUGUGGUGAAGGCAGAGCAAGAGGAAGAGCAUGUAGCCCAGAGACUGGAUCAGACAGGAUGUGAACGCAGUGCAGGAAGACUCAACAAUCUGGGCUCUGAGUAUGUAAUGUAUGAGAGAGACAGUCAGCUGUGGACUUCCUUUACACAAGAGGACAGUGACAUAGAGACUGAUGAUCCAGUUUGUUCUAACACUACAGCACAGUGCUCACAGAAUCUGUCAAUUCACACACAGCUACAACAUGCUCCUGCCACCAUGGAAGUCUCUGGAAACACACUGUCCUCUUUUGGGCCUUCAUAUGUUGAGGAGUUUGAUAAGAUGAGUGAGAAGCCACCUGUUUGCAGGGAGGACCUCAGAUCAGAGGCCAUUCACACACAGCAGGGUCAGUACAGAGAGAGACUUGUGCACACAGUGGAGAGAGAGAAUCAGACAUUACUGCCUCAGCAGCAGCAACAUGGACCCUCAGUAAAACACAUGAGAGGCAGCGAGAGCCCAGCCCAGCUACACUCAGGCUCUCAAUAUGAGACCAGCUCUACUCUGAGUUCCAGUGCUUUCAGUGCUGGGAAGAAGGGCAAGACUGAUGGACAAGCUGACUUUGGAAAGAAACCGUACAUUUGUACACAUUGUGGGAAGGGUUUUGCCUACUUCAGUUGCUAUAAAGUACAUCUGCGAAGUCACACCGGAGAGAAACCGUACGGCUGCGCACAGUGCGGAAAGAGGUUCACUCAGCAAAGCAAUCUCACAAAGCAUGAGAGCGUUCACGGUGGAAAUAAACCCUUUGACUGCUCCCAGUGUGGGAAGAGCUUCCGAUAUCGCUCCAUUCUGACCCUUCACCUGAGAAUUCAUUCGGGCGAGAGGCCAUUCCACUGCGCACAGUGUGGAAAGAGUUUCGCUCAGUCCUCUCAUUUUAAGAGACACCAGCGAUCUCACAUGGGCAAGAAACCAUACGGCUGUUUUUGAAAAGGUUUGAGUGUUCUAAGUUUCUCUCCAGUUUUAUUAAUCUCAAUAUUUACUUUCAUUUCCCACCCGAAGGGCAAAAAUUGUUCUGUGCCUCACAAGUUUACUUUGUAAUCUUGAAAAUGCUCUCAUAUUCACACUGGAGAGAACCUCAGUGUCAUUUUAACUGUGUCAUGCGACAAAUCAUUCGCAAAAAUGUCUCCUGCAUCGGUUGUCCGUUUGAGUAACUUUAUUUUAGUGAAGAGAAGCAUACUGCAAUAUGGAUCUAAGGCCGGAAACAUACCCUACAUAAGUACACAAACUUGGAUGCUUCUGGCUACGCAAAAAGUUGAUUUCACACGUGGUUGUGUUCUAAAAUGUAUCACCUGGCAUUCUUAACGCAAUGCACACGUGAACUACAGUGUCAAUCAUUGUACUAAGAUGCACUAAUAGCAGGCAACAACAUGAUGAAGCAGUCUUAAUCAGCUUAACUGAACAUUCUAAUGCUGAUGUAACAAUCACUAUUGGUAAUUGAAAGCAAUGGAGUUCUAGAACGCUGGCUUAGAAUGUGGAAAAAACAUUCCAAUAGACCUGCUCUUCAAAGGGGUUAAACCCUUGGUUGAGAGAGGACUCAGAAUUCAGAUUACACCAAUCCUGAACUUGAGCACAGCAAGGGGGAUUUUUAAAAAUUGGUAUUUUGAAAGAGGCAACCAAUUUUCAUUGUGAAGAGAGCCCAUUCCGAUCUGAUUUCCAGGCGUCUUUAAUGAAAACAGCCAAGUCAUCGAGAAGGCACCAUGCUGCACAUAUUUCGUAAUGAAGUCAAACUUGGUCUUUAAAACCUCUCCUGUAUGUCUCUCUGUGUGUGUAUGUGUCCUCAAAUUCUAUUUUUAAAUAACUCAAUAAAUAAUUUUUGUGUUGCCAGGAA